AUGAAGCUCAUCACGCUUGCCGCCUCGAUUGCUGCUUUUGCGGCGCUGGCAGCUGCGAUGCCGCACCCCCCGCCACAUGCGGCUCGCGGCGAUAAUAAUUGGGAGAUGGCGGAGCCGGACGGCACCCGGGUGACGAGACGCGGCAAGGAACAGGGUGUCGUCGAGCCGGACGGAACGCGGGUCACGCGACGGGGCAAGGAUCAGAGCGUUGGUGACGGCACUGACGGAACACGAGUGACUCGACGAGGCAAGGACCAGAGCGUCGGCGUUGGCACCGAUGGGACUCGAGUUACGGUGUAA